AGCGUCCUCCCAGAAUGCACCACGCGGUCACAAGAUGGCGGCGCCCAGCGCUCGCUGUUGCCUUGGUAACAUGCGACCGUGGCUCAACUGUGUGACUAGGCCGCGGGGUCUUUUUGUAGUAAUUUCAGGGGUUCUGGCCCGGUGUCACCAUGCGGUACCGCUGCCUGAUAACCAGAUCUCUCCGUCCUCCACGGCCGUGCUAUCCCAGCUGUCCCCCGACCUCACCCUGCAGCCGGACUUCAUCACUGCCGAGGAGGAGGCCGCACUGUGCCGGGAGCUGGAGCCCGUUCUGAGGAAGAAGCGAUACGAGAGCGGCCAUUGGGAUGACGCGAUCCAUGGCUUCCGGGAGGUCGAGCGCCUGCACUGGUCCCCAGACUCCUCUGCCAUCCUACAGAGGGUGAGAGACAUGGCGUUCCCCACUGGUGAGACCCAGCUGUCCCAGGUCCAUGUCCUAGACCUCCAGAAGGACGGGUAUAUUAAACCGCACGUGGACAGCAUCAAGUUCUGCGGUUCGACCAUCGCCGGGAUCUGCUUGUUAUCCAGCAGUGUAAUGCGCCUGGUGUCUGUGGAUAACCCCGAGGAGCGUGCCGAUCUGCUGCUGCCCAGGCGGUGCCUGUACAUAAUGAGUGGUGUCGCUCGCUACAAGUUUACCCAUGAAAUCCUGCGUGGCGAGGAAUCAUUCUUCAAUGGCGUGCCUGUGCCCCGAGAGCGCCGUAUCUCCGUUAUCUGCCGAAAUCUUCCUGUGAGCUGAUGGGGGUCAUGUUUACAGGUGCUGACAUCGUUCGCUACGGUCUUCACUUCUGACAGGGGAGGAGGAUUGCGACUGACUGGAGGUUUUGCCUUGUGUACACCUAUAGGAAGUCAUUAAAGGGGUUGACUGAUCAACAAGUGUCUGAUCGGUGGGGGUCCGACAACAGGGGGCGGGGGACCUGACACUCAUGCAUGUCCACCGCUCCAUUCAACUUCAUAACGAUUACAGUUGCUCAGCUGUUUCCAGCAACUCCUUAGAGCUGCUGCAUGACUGCCGUUCCAUUGAAACAGGGAAGAACUGGGCCCCGUUUUUGUGAUUGUCAGGACUUACGUCGAUCAGACACUUGCGUUGAUUGGGGAUCAGUUGUCUUAAUGGGACAAUCCCUUUAAAUUUUUGAUUCUCAUUAUGGAAUUGUGAUGUCAAUGAUUAGAUAAAUCUGUCUAGUGCCAUCUAGUGGAGCAGCGCUCACAUUGCAGCGUGUUUUAUCAUAUGCCUGCAUUGAUUUAUUGUUAUACUACCCAAGUGCCUCUUCUACACUCCAUUAGCACACGGGCGCAGUGUGAUCCUGCUAUUGAAUCAAGUCCCAUAAGGUCUGAUAAUCGAUAUAAUCAGUUGUACUGCAUCGUUUCAUUUCCUCUGUGAUUUUUAUUAAUGAUCUGCAAUGGAAUAAAUAAAUAAGUU